UCGAGCCCUUCCCAGUCCGCACCUUUGGACGCCCUGGUCCCACGUGACUGUCCCCUCCUCCCUCCCGAUCGCGCGCACGGGCCGGGCGUCUGGCAUCCCGCGCGCACUCGGCUGGUCCCAGUGCCCAGCAGAAAAAGCGGAGGAGAGAGCGAACCGGCGAGGCGGCCCCGGGGAGCGGGCGCGAGUGGCAGGCUGCCGGGAUCGCCUGUGCACGACGGCGGCGCGGGUGGCUGUGAUCUGAGCCGCGGGAGCUGGGCGGGCGGAUUCCGCAUCCACGGAGUGUGAUGAAGCUGCCCAGCCUCGCUGUUCCGCUUGCAGCCAGCUGACACCGCCUGCACCCAGCCGGGAAAGGAGACGCCGCGGGGCCGUGACCUUGGCCGAGGAGAACAGACUAAAAAUCCCUAUACCUGAGAGUGGAUCAAGUGUGGGGUGACAUGGCCCAGGGGAAUAAUUAUGGGCAGACCAGUAAUGGGGUGGCAGAUGAAUCACCCAACAUGCUGGUGUACAGAAAGAUGGAAGAUGUCAUAGCACGGAUGCAGGAUGAAAAAAAUGGAAUUCCUAUUCGAACUGUCAAAAGUUUUCUUUCUAAGAUACCUAGUGUCUUCUCUGGCUCAGACAUUGUUCAGUGGUUAAUAAAGAACUUGACUAUAGAAGAUCCAGUGGAAGCGCUCCAUUUGGGAACAUUAAUGGCUGCCCAUGGUUACUUCUUUCCAAUCUCAGAUCACGUUCUGACACUCAAGGAUGAUGGCACCUUUUACCGGUUUCAAACACCUUACUUUUGGCCAUCAAAUUGUUGGGAGCCAGAAAACACAGACUAUGCGGUUUAUCUCUGCAAGAGAACAAUGCAAAACAAGGCACGUCUGGAGUUAGCAGACUAUGAAGCUGAAAGCCUCGCAAGGUUACAGAGAGCAUUUGCCCGGAAAUGGGAGUUCAUUUUUAUGCAAGCAGAAGCACAAGCAAAAGUGGACAAGAAAAGGGACAAAAUUGAAAGGAAGAUCCUUGAUAGCCAAGAGAGAGCAUUUUGGGAUGUACACAGACCUGUGCCUGGAUGUGUAAAUACCACAGAAGUGGAUAUUAAGAAGUCAUCGAGAAUGAGAAACCCACACAAAACACGGAAGUCUGUCUAUGGCUUGCAAAAUGAUAUAAGAAGUCACAGUCCUACCCACACACCUACCCCAGAAACUAAACCUCCGACAGAAGACGAGUUACAACAACAGAUAAAAUAUUGGCAAAUACAGUUAGAUAGACAUCGAUUAAAAAUGUCAAAAGUUGCUGAUAGUUUACUAAGUUACACGGAACAAUAUUUAGAAUAUGACCCAUUUCUUGUGCCUCCUGAUCCUUCAAAUCCAUGGCUGUCUGAUGACACUACUUUAUGGGAACUUGAAGCAAGCAAAGAACCAAGUCAGCAAAGGGUAAAGCGAUGGGGGUUUGGCAUGGAUGAAGCUUUGAAAGACCCAGUUGGAAGAGAACAAUUCCUCAAAUUUCUAGAGUCAGAAUUUAGUUCAGAAAAUUUAAGAUUCUGGCUAGCAGUGGAAGACCUGAAGAAAAGACCUAUUAGAGAAGUUCCUUCCCGAGUUCAGGAAAUAUGGCAAGAAUUUCUGGCUCCAGGUGCCCCCAGUGCCAUUAACUUGGAUUCUAAGAGUUAUGACAAAACUACACAGAAUGUGAAGGAACCUGGACGAUAUACAUUUGAAGAUGCUCAGGAACAUAUUUACAAAUUGAUGAAAAGUGAUUCAUAUCCACGUUUUAUAAGGUCCAGUGCCUAUCAAGAGCUUCUACAGGCAAAGAAAAAGUCGGAACAGUCAAUGGAUCGCAGAACAUCUUUUGAAAAAUUUGCACAGAAUGUGGGCAGAAACAUCCCUAUUUUCCCAUGUCAUAAAAACUGUACACCAACACUGAGGGCCAGCACUAACCUGUUAUGAAAAGAGGGGAAGUCUCUCACGUCAAAGAGAUUAACAAGCCUUGUUCAGUCUUCCUAAAAGGAUCAUCCUGUAGCAUGGAAGCUAACUGGAGUCUGCAUAUACUUUGUAGCUUUGUUUUACCUGGAGCAGAGACAUUAGCCCAAGAUGUUGCAUGAGAAAAAGACCUGAAUUGUUCUUUUUGUGUGUACAUUAAGGCUUCAUCUGCAAGGGACUCUACCAUCUCAAAGCCUCCAUUUCAAAAUUUUGUCUGCUUAUUUCUCCCUUGUAUAGUAAGCUGAAUCUGUGUCUUUUCCUUUUUAACAAGCUCAGUGAAGUAAACUUCCCCUCCACUUUUUCAGUCACUCUCUCUUAAAGCUUAUGCUAGACACACAGUUUACUGAAAUUCAGUCAGUUACAAACUGGAAGAAUUGUAAAGGAAAACAUAUAUCAUAAGCAUCCAUGUGGCUUCACAUUUAUUAACCAAUAUACUAACACAGAAACUUUCAUUUCAUUAGUGUAUUCACAGUCAGGAGACACAAGGUCACACAUUUGC